UAUCAUACUUCUUGCUGGAAAUGUAUUUUCAUUGCAUUACAAUUCAAGUUGUUUGUGAAUAAACAAAUCCCUUCUCUGAAUUUUAUCAAAAAUUCAAAAAAAUGGGACCAAAGUCAAAACCGGACUUUAAGUUUCCUAUGCACGACACGCAUCUGCAUAAAUCGUUGCGUAACUUAAGAGUGGCCUGCGUCCUGGCACUGAUUGCACCAGUUUGUCUGUACGUUUUCCAUAAUGCACCACGCAAGGCCAAGUACAAGACCUUCUAUUCCCAAUAUGAUCCGAUGGAUGCCUUUGAGCGCAUGAUGAGUGGCGGCUAUCUCAGCUCCUGUCCACCGGGUAGUGGUGCCAAGAAGUAAAAGAAGAAAUAUAUUUCUACCAAAGAGUAAAUUACACUUACAGACACUCGAUAAAAGGAGGCAAGGGCACACAACUAAAUUCUAAGAAAAUCUACGUACACUCUUUAUAAAUGGUUUUAGGCGUUUGAUUCUAAGAAAUUGUACACCCUAAUAAACCUAAACACCAACUAUUAGUACACUUUUACCACAAGCACACUAAAUAAACUGUGAGAGCAUUGUAAACA